GUUUGUUAUAAUAUAUCUGUAGAUCAAAUAUUUUAUUAUUAUAUCGUAGUGACUGCAAAGAGAAAGAUUGUUCAUUAGUUAUGACAAUUUAGUAUAAUAAAUAAUAGAAAUCAGUUCCCCAUAAUAACAAUAAUCGUUACAUCAUGGUGUCUACAAGAAGUAGUGAAUCGAAAACAGACUUUGAAGUGGUUUUAAACAAUGAAUUGGGUCAAUUCGGGAAAUUCCAAAUCAUUAACCUGCUCUUCUUGUUUGUUCCCGCGGCGAUAUCGGCAUUUAUGGCUGGAGAAUACAUAUUUUCCGCAUCCAAACUACCACACAGGUGUGCUAUACCUGAGUGCGAUGGACCUAACCCAGAAUAUUCACCAGACUGGAUUAGCUUUGCAAUACCUUCAACAUCAUCUGGAUUCGAGGACUGUAAGCGAUACGGCAACGUAACGGAUCAAGAAAACGUUGAAAAUAAUGAAAUCUGCCCAGUGAACCUGUUCAAUAAAAGCGUCGUAAUAGCUUGUGAGACUUUCGUUUACGAAAGAAAGAACUCUGUGGUUUAUGACUUCAAUUUGGAAUGUAACGAAUGGUUAAGGGCUUUGUCAGGAACGCUGAAUAGCAUGGGCGCAAUGAUUGCGCUACCUCUAGCAGGAUUUAUAUCGGACCACUUCGGACGACGAGCUUCUGUUAUUUUCUUUUCGUUCAAUGUAGCACUGGUUGGCGUGGUUCGGUCUUUCUCUGUGAACUAUACGAUGUAUGCAGCGCUACAAUUUAUGCAUACCGCUAUAGGUGGCGGUGCGUUCAGCGCAGCUUACAUAUUGGCUACUGAAUUAGUUGGCCCCAAAUACCGAGUAAUGACGAGUGCAACAAUGUCUUCAGUGUUUGCUCUCGGACAAGUUUUAUUGGGUGUUAUUGCACUCCUUGUGCAUGAGUGGCGGCAUUUAAGCCUAGUUUUGUUUACGCCUAUAUUCCUCUUAGUCUCGUAUCGGUGGCUCAUCACCGAAAGCCCUAGGUGGCUACUCAGCAAAGGUAAAAAAGAGAGAGCAAAAAACACACUAGAACGUGCCGCUCGGCAAAAUGGCAAAAUAAUUUCAGAAUCUGCCAUGGAGUAUCUGUUAAAUGCCAUCCCCAACCAAAUCGAAGCAGCCAAAAAUACAAAACAAACAAAUGAAAAUCUUUUCUUCAGAGUUAUAAAAUCGCCCGUUAUGUUGCGCAGAUGUUGUACGACACCAAUUUUAUGGAUCACGACGACGUUCAUUUAUUAUGGUUUAUCAAUAAAUUCUGUCAGUUUAUCAGGUAACAUGUACUUGAAUUACAUAGCAACGGCCGCGAUUGAGAUACCGGGUUUCUGGACAGCUGUGUUAGUGUUGGACAAAAUAGGAAGGAGGACCACUUUGUUUUUGGGGUAUAUGCUGUGCGGUCUUUGUUGUUUAGGGUUUGCUUUUACGCCUAAUAAUAUGACUGGGUUGUCGUUGUUUUUGUUUUUGACUGGCAAGUAUUUUAUUGGGUUGGUGAUGACGUCGGUGUAUUUGUAUACGGCGGAGUUGUACCCGACGAGGCACCGGCACUCGUUCUUGGGGUUCUCGUCGAUGCUGGGCCGCAUCGGGUCCGUGAUUUCUCCAUUGACUCCGCCUCUGAUGGUGUACUGGAGCGGCAUCCCCUCGACCAUGUUCGGUGGCAUGGCGGUCAUAUCAGGCUUGUUAGUGUUAACGCAACCUGAAACACGAGGUCUGAAAGUGCCCGAUACAUUCGAAGAAGCAGAACGACUUGGAAAAUAAAUAGAAAGAAUAGCAAAUUAACUGACUACUUACCUAAUAUUGUUACCAUUACGCUAUUUUAUUGCAUAUUAUAAUGUAACUUAUUAGUAUUAACCAUGGCUGUGACUAAGUUAAGUAGGUA